GCGGUCAGGUCCUCGGGGACUCCAGCGAGAUUUUACGUCUCUACUCCUGCUCACCCUGACCCAGGAUCACUCCCCCCUCCCCCUCUUCGUUUCCCCCCGCUCAUCCGUCCAUACCAUUCCCGGGAGCCCCCAUUUCCACCGCAGCUCGUGCGUAACUCAGCUCAGCGAUGGCCGACGUCAAGCGCGACGUCCGCAACCCCGUCCUAUUCGAGUGCGCGUGGGAGGUCGCGAACAAGGUCGGCGGCAUCUACACCGUCAUCAAGACAAAGGUUCCCGUCACCGUCUCCGAGUAUGGCGACAGGUACUGUCUCAUCGGGCCCCUCAGCUACAAGACCGCCCCCAUGGAGGUCGAAGCCCAGGAACCCGCAGAUCCGUAUAUCGCCGCAACAUUGGAGUCUAUGCGCGGUGCUGGUGUAAAGGCCCUCUAUGGCCGCUGGCUGAUUGAAGGCGCCCCUCAUGUAUUGCUGUUUGACACGGGCAGCCAAUAUUCGCGUCUGGACGAGUGGAAAGGCGAUCUCUGGAACCUCGCGGGAAUUCCAACCCCACCAAACGACCACGAAACAAAUGAGACAAUUGUUUUUGGCUAUAUUGUUGCAUGGUUUCUCGGCGAGUACGUUGCGCGCCAGCUCGAUACGGCAGUAGUCGCGCACUUUCACGAGUGGCAGGCAGGGCUCGCCAUCCCACUAUGUCGCAAGCGUCACAUUGACAUUACCACUGUCUUCACCACACACGCAACUCUGCUCGGGCGGUAUCUUUGUGCAGGCAGCGUCGACUUUUACAACAACUUGCAGUACUUCGAUGUCGAUCACGAGGCUGGAAAGCGCGGCAUCUACCACCGCUACUGCGUUGAGCGCUCUGCUGCCCACUGUGCCGAUGUCUUCACCACGGUCUCUCACAUCACCGCGUACGAGUCCGAGCACCUUUUGAAGCGGAAGCCAGACGGCGUUCUUCCCAACGGACUCAAUGUCGUCAAGUUCCAGGCUAUGCACGAAUUUCAGAAUCUGCACGCAACCGCAAAGGCGAAGAUCCACGAGUUUGUACGAGGGCAUUUCUACGGUCAUUAUGAUUUUAGUCUCGACGACACAAUAUAUAUGUUCACUGCUGGUCGAUAUGAGUAUCGUAACAAGGGAGUCGAUAUGUUCAUCGAGUCUCUAGCUCGUUUGAAUUACCGUUUGAAGAAGUCUGGCUCUAAAACGACUGUCAUUGCUUUCAUCAUUAUGCCCGCGGCCACUCAUUCGUACACUAUUGAUGCACUCAAGGGACAAGCUGUCACAAAGCAGUUACGAGACACGGUGGUAGAAGUACAGAACCGAAUAGGUGCACGGCUUUUCGAACACGCGAUCCGGUCUAACGGCGAACACGGGACGUUGCCUACACCCGACGACUUACUAUCUGAAGAAGAUAAAGUGCUGCUCAAGCGCCGCAUAUUUGCCCUCAAACGCAAUGCACUGCCUCCCAUCACCACGCAUAACAUGGCUGAUGACGCCAACGACCCGAUCUUAAACCAGAUCCGGCGUGUCCAGCUGUUCAAUGCAUCCGGGGACCGCGUGAAGAUCAUCUUCCACCCUGACUUCUUGAACUCUAACAACCCCAUCCUUGGCUUGGAUUACGAAGAGUUCGUGCGAGGCUGCCAUCUCGGCGUGUUCCCUAGCUACUACGAGCCAUGGGGUUACACGCCAGCUGAAUGCACGGUGAUGGGUAUCCCCUCGGUGACGACCAACCUCUCUGGGUUCGGCUGCUUCAUGCAAGAUCUGAUCGAGCGGCCGCAAGACGAGGGCUGCUACAUUGUCGACCGGCGCUCGCAGUCCGUUGAGGACUCGGUGAGUCAACUGACGGACCACAUGUUCAGCUUCUGCCAGAAGACACGGCGGCAGCGCAUCAACCAGCGGAACCGCGUCGAGCGACUGAGUCCGCUGCUGGACUGGAAGAACCUCGGUAUUGAGUACUCAAAGGCGCGGCAGCUGGCACUCAGGCGCGCGUACCCGGACGCAUUCUAUGGCGCGGGAGGCGAAGGCGAGGAGGAGUUCGACUUUGGCAUGGAGCGCAUGCUGCCGAACUCGGUCCCCGCGAGCCCGCGCUUCCGCAUGUCCGGCAUCGCGACCCCGGGUGACAUUGGCACGCUCACGGAGGAGAUGCAGGCGCUGGGCACGAGCGACUACCGCGGCUACCAGUGGCCGGGACAUAUGGAAGACGAAGACGAGGGGUACCCGUUCCCGCUGGUCAUGAAGGUGCGCUCGCGCGCGAGUUCUGUGAUGUCGGGCGCGAGCACGCCGGGCGGCGGCAAGUCGAACAGCUUGAGCGAGGGCGACCUGCGCAAGGCGGAUGCUGCACUGAGCAAUGUCGGGGAGGGCCAGGCGAACGGGGUGAACGGUGUCAAUGGGCGGCAUUGAGCGACUGUGCUGCGAGUAAAUCUGUCGGCGCGAUGUAAUGGAAACUGGGACGGAAUGAAUCCUAAUACAUAUGCCUUCAAGCCUG